UCCCUUGUGCCACGCGAUUCGCGUGUGGAUAACUAACGCAUGCGCAGUGUCGCGGGUCUGACCUUCACUGAAGACAUCAUGUUCACCCGGGCUAGCGUUGCGGUGUUCCUGCCACAAUGUGGCCAGGUCAGGAACAUGGCUACCUUGAAGGACAUCACCAUCCGGUUGAAGUCCAUCAAAAACAUCCAGAAGAUCACCAAGUCCAUGAAGAUGGUUGCCGCGGCCAAGUACGCCAGGGCAGAGAGGUCCCUGAAGCCCGCCCGCGUGUAUGGGAGUGGCGCUCUUGCUCUGUAUGAGAAGGCUGAGAUCAAGGCUCCAGAGGAUAAGAACAAGCACGUGAUCAUCGGGGUGUCCUCUGACCGUGGUCUGUGCGGGGCCAUUCACUCCAAUGUGGCUAAAGCCAUCAAGAGCGAGAUCAGCAAACUCACCGGCUCUGGCAAGGAGGUCAUGCUGGUGAACAUUGGAGACAAGCUGAGAGGCUUGCUCUACAAGACUCAUGGGAAGCAUAUCCUGAUGAACUGUAAGGAAGUGGGCCGCAGACCCCCUACCUUCGUUGAUGCUUCCAUCAUCGCCAGCGAGCUGCUCGACUCCGGCUAUGAGUUUGAUCAGGGCUCCGUCAUCUACAACAGAUUCAGGUCUGUUAUUUCAUACAAGACUGACGAGAAGCCCCUCUUUUCCGUGGAAAGUGUUGCAAGUGCAGAGACCAUGGGCAUCUACGAUGACAUUGAUGCGGACGUGCUGAGGAACUACCAAGAGUUUGCCCUGGUGAACAUCAUCUACUUUGGGCUGAAGGAGUCCACAACCAGUGAGCAGAGUGCCAGGAUGACUGCCAUGGACAGCGCCAGCAAGAAUGCCUCGGAGAUGAUUGACAAGCUGACUCUGACGUUCAACCGCACCCGCCAGGCUGUCAUCACCAAGGAGCUCAUUGAGAUCAUCUCUGGUGCAGCUGCUCUAUAAAUGUGAACCUGCUUCCAGCCAUCUUCAGUGUGGCUUUGGUGCAUAUGAUGGAGCUACAUCAGUCUGCUGUCGUCAAGAGUGUGCAUUUGUUCUUUUAUUUGUAAAAUAAACCUCACAGAAUAAACACCUUACAAAGAAA